AUCAGCCUUUCCAGCUCAUUUCAACUGAGUCAUGCAGUCUUAUAAAUGAUCGCCUGCAGAUCAACUCCGAAUAAGUUGCUGUUUGUGGCAGGAUUCUGCAGUCUUUAACCUCAACCAGAUUUUUUGUCUCGGCAUUUGCUGUUUUCUUCUUCUACGUCCGUCAUGGCCAGCAGAUCAACACUGAACCCACGUCCUAGAGACCCUUCACUGGACAACGACUGGAAGGAAUGGAAAACCACUCAUGAGAAGCAAUACGACACAAAGGAGGAAGAGGACUUCAGACGGAUAGUGUGGGAGGACAAACUACGUUGGAUUGAGCAGCACAACAAAGAAUACUCAGAGGGGAAACACACCUACACUGUGGGCAUGAACCAGUUUUCUGAUUUGACAAGAGAGGAGUUGGAGAAGGUAUGCUAACUCAUGGAUGACAUCAGCAAAUAAGAGGGGAUAACAGUGAAUGCCCACUUCGGCUGUUCAAGUUUAUAAAAUGUUACAGAUUCUGCUGCACUAUAAUUUUUUGUUUAAUGUUUCUUCACAACUGUAUUAAAAAUAAAAAUAAAUAAAUUGCCUUUAAGCUAA